AUGGGGGCUGAGCCCUACACAACACAAAAUUUCUUGUGGUCACAGCGUACAUGCUGUGCUGUUAAGAAGCAUGAAAUUAUGUGGAGUAGUGCACACAGGCACACAAGCACACGUGCAACCACACAAUCACCUAAGCUCACUGAAGCUUCAAAAGAAACAAUACAUCCACUUGCAACAACAACAACAAGAACAACAACAGAGAUGGCAUCAGAUAUUUGGUUAAACAGUUUAGUGUGUGCAACAUAUACAUACGGUUACAGUAUUGCAGAUACCAUAAUAAAUACUUACUGCUAUGAAUUGAUUGUAUUUAAUAAAGCGGUUUCGAAUAGUAGUGAAUAUCGCGUAUUAAACACAGAAAGGUUCAAAAGACAACCGGCAUCAUCAACUAAUCCCAAAAACAACAAAUGCAUCAUCAACGAUUACAAGACAAAUGAUGUGAAUUUCAAAGGACCAACUGGCAUCAUCAGCAUGGUCAUCAAGUAUAAAUAUCCUCCGUCGUAUGACCCUUUUUCUAAACCUUUGAAAUCUGUGAAUAAACCGAUUCUGGGAGAGUUUCGUUUUUGGAACAUUUACGGUUGUUACUUGAUCGCAAAAAUGAUUUUACUGACGCUCGUUAUAAUUUUGCUCUCAAUGGCAGUUUUUAUACAUUUCUACAACAGGAGAAGAUAUUUACUAAUGCGCAAUGUUCCAAGUUUAGAUAUAUAUCCGAUAUUCGGCACGGUUUCAAUAUUUUUCAGGUUCAGUCAAAUGGAUAUUUUGACUGCCGUUCGAAGAUACUAUGUAAAUUCUGGAAAAGUUGUACACGGUUGGGUUUUUCAUCGACUUUUUGUUAUAUGCAAAGAUGUGGAGAUGAUCGAACAAGUUUUAUCCAGCAAUCAGACCAUAACUAAACUGCAAAUUUAUGACUUUUUGAAAGAUUGGCUCGGCGUUGGUUUACUUCUUAGCGAUGGUAGAAAAUGGUUUGCACGGCGUAAAAUUAUCACUCCAGCAUUUCAUUUUAAGAUUUUGGAGGAAUUUGUAAAAGUUUUCGAUCAACAAAGUACUAUACUUUUAGACCGUUUGGCAACUAAAGCUGAUGGUGUGAAGAGUUUCAAUAUUCAACCAUUUAUAUGUGCAGCAUCUCUAGAUAUUUUUGCAGAAAGUGCGUUAGGUACAAAAAUAUAUGCACAAACGGAUAAAUGCGUUGAAUAUGCAAAUGCUGUCAAAGAGAUUACUGAUUUAAUAGCUUGGCGUUCGUUAAAACUGCCAUAUCAGAGUGAAUUGAUAUUUUCGUUGUGUUGUCCACAUUUAAAGCUAAGACAAAUAAAAUUAACAAGACUUUUAAAAAACUUUUCUACACAAAUAAUUGAAAAACGUCGUCAUGAAUUGGAAAUAGACUUGUCUCAAUCCACUGAAGAAAAAUCAAACGAAGACGAUGAGAUGAUUGGUACCAAAAAGCGAAAAGCUCUCUUGGACUUGUUACUUCAAUCCAAUGUUGAUGGAAUUCCAUUAACGAAUGAGGAUAUUCGUGAGGAAAUCGAUACAUUUACGUUUGAGGGACAUGACACAACAACAUCGGCAAUUUGUUUCGCAUUAUUCGAAAUAUCUCGACACCCACGAGUGCAGGAAAAAAUUUUGACAGAAGUUAAUGAAGUUAUAAAUUUUAGUAGUAGCAAUUCUAUUAAAAUCCAAGAUCUUAACAAAUUAAAGUAUACUGAAUAUGUUAUUAAGGAGACACUACGUUUAUAUCCAUCAGUACCGAUAAUUGCGAGGAAAAUAAAUGCAGACUUUAAAUAUACUCAUUCAAAGAUUGGCGAUGGUGUAUUACCAGCGACUACAGAGUUUGUCGCUGACUUUUUUAAUACAAUGCGUGAUCCGGAUAUUUAUGAGAAUCCAGAAGAAUUUAUACCUGAACGAUUUGAGAACAUGAAAAUGGAAUCUGCAUUUGUUUAUUUGCCUUUUAGUGCUGGACCCAGAAACUGUAUUGGACAAAAGUUCGCAAUGUUGGAAAUGAAAAUGAUUUUGGCAAAAGUUGUAUCAACUUUUGAGUUACUACCAAGUAAGGAAAGUAUCCAAAUUGAAUAUGCAUUCAUACUUCGUUCAUAUAAUGGUUUUCCAGUAAUCAUGAAAAAAAGAAAAGUCUAA